AUGAGCGAGCAGUUCUGCAUCACGGCCUCCGGAUCGGCCGAGGAUCAUCCAAGCGGCGUCCGUUUUCAGUACCACCGACCCGAGCCGACCCAGGCCGACCUCGCCCCAGGCCAUGUGCUCAUCUCCUUCCAGCUCUCACCGAUCAACCCCCAAGACCUGAUGGUGAUUGCGGGUCUCUACCCUGUUAAGCCAUUAUUCAGCCACGAUGGCGAGGGCAUCAUGGGGUAUGACGGCGUUGCCAAAGUUGAAGCUAUCGCCGCCCGGCCUGCCAGCGAGGAUCACCAUGAUCAUGGUGACGGUGACUUGCACCCCGGUGAUCUCGUCGUCCCGCGCCGCCAUGGCCUCGGGACCUGGCGACGCCUGGCUGUCGUCAAGGCAGAUGACCUCAUACGCCUCGGGCCGGGCACCGACCUCCUCGGUGCCUCGCUGCUGCGGAUGGUCUUCCUCCCAGCCUACCUCAUGGUCGAGGACGUCUGCCCCCUGAAGCCGGGGGACUGGGUCGUCCAGAACGCGGCCUCGGGCGCCAUGGCACGCCUGGUGUCGCAGUUUGCACGCCUCAAGGGCGUCCUAUCCGGCGCCGAGCACGCCUUCCUGUCCGACACGCUCUCCCACCGGUCCACCCUCGCCGCCCCGGAGCCCGAGCUGCUGCACGCCGCGUUCGAGCGGUGCGCGCGCGACGGUGCCGCCACGGCGGGCGCGGUCGCCGUCGACUUUGACGGCCGCGAGCAGGCCUCAUACUCACGGCUGGACCGGCUGGCCAACGGGUUCGCGCACGUGCUCCGCGGGCGCGGCGUCCGGGCGGGGGACAUGGUCCCGCUGGUGCUGGACAGGUCCGUCGACAUGGUCGUGGCCAUCCUCGGCGUCAUGAAGGCCGGCGCCGCUUAUGUCCCGCUCAGCCCCGACAACCCGGCCGAGCGCAACGCCUUUGUGGUGGCCGACACGGGCGCGCGGCUCGUCGUCGCACACGAGGCCCACCGGCGGCACCUCGACCUGGUCCUGGGCUCGGGCUCGGGGGCCGCGGUGGAUACCACGCUGCUGCUGAUGCCGGGGCUGGGCGACCUCGACGAGCACGCCUCACCGCCGGGCACGGGCGUGUCCCCGGACGACCUCGCCUAUGUGAUCUACACCUCGGGCAGCACGGGGCAGCCCAAGGGCGUCAGGGUGCCGCACCGCUCGGCGGCGGCGGCGGUGCGCAGCAUGGCGGCGGUCGAGGGCCGGUGCGAGGGCCGCAGAUGGCGCACGCUGCAGUUUGCGAACUAUGUCUUCGAUGCGUCGGUGCAGGACUUCUUCAACACGCUCAGCACGGGCGGCACGCUGUGCAUGGCCCCGGCCGAGGCGCUGCUGUCGGACCUGGCCGGCUACGUUAACCGCAUGGGCGCCCGGCAGGCCAUCCUCACGCCCACCGUGGCCCGCCUGCUGCGCCCGGCCGACGUGCCGGGGCUCGAGAAGCUGAUUGUCGGCGGCGAGCCGCUGACCCUGGACGUGGUCGCCGCGUGGGGCCCACGCUGCGAGAUCCUCAACGUCUACGGGCCCACCGAGACCUCCAUGGUCGUCACCACCAAGCGGGUUGAUGUCGAUGCCGGGGGGCUGCUCAACGGGCCCAUCGGCAACAUCGGCGCCCCGUUCCCCACGGUGAUGGCCUUUAUCCUCGACCCGCACGGCGGUGACUCGCUCCGCCCGGACGGGGCCGUCGGCGAGCUGUGCAUCGCCGGGCCCCAGGUCACGGCCGGCUACGUGAACCGUCCGGACCUGACGGCAGCGGCCUAUGUUGAUAGCGAGGCCCUCGGCGUGCGCAUCUACCGCACCGGUGACCUCGCGCGCUGGCUGCCCGGCGGCGAGAUCGAGUGCCUAGGCCGCAAGGACGGCCAGGUCAAGAUCCACGGCCACCGCAUCGAGCUGGGCGAGGUCGAGAACGCGAUCCGCCGGACGGGCCUGGUCAGCGACGUGGUCGCGCUGGCGGUCACGGUCCGCGGCAAGACGCACCUGGUGGCGUUUUGCGUCUUUGGGGACGGGGACGGGGACGAGGAUGAGGACACGGACACGGACACGGCCGAGAUCCUCCUCGACGCCGCCGCCGCGUUUGCCGGCCGCACGGGUGCCCUGCGCGACAACCUCGGCUCGCUGGCCGCGUACAUGGUGCCCAAGUUCGUGCUCCCCGUCCGCGAGUUCCCCAAGCUGCCCUCGCGCAAGGUCGACCGCAAGGCGCUCCGCAGGCUCGCCGACGGGCUCGACCCCGUGUCCCUGGCCACAUAUGCGCUGGACGGGCAGGGCGCCGGCGCUGGCGACGGCGACGGCCACGAGGUGGUGCCUACUCGGACCGGCGCAGAGCAGGCGCUGGAGGGCAUGUGGGCCGACAUCUUUGGCCUCCCGCCCACGCAGCUCGGCCGCGAGGCCAACUUCCUCGCCCUCGGCGGCGACUCCAUCUCCGCCAUCACACUGGCCAGCCUGGCUAGGGACGCCGGGUACAAGCUGUCUGUGCCCAGCAUCCUGAAGACGCCAAGGCUCAAGGACAUGGCGGCACUGGCGGGCGUGGCGCGGGAACCGGACGGCCAGGCCCGGCAGGUGGCCAAGUCCCGGGUGGUCUUUCAGGUGCCGGACAGUGUCAAGGUCGCGGCCGAGGCUGCUGGCCUGCGCUGGGAUGAGGACGUCGAGCAUGUCUAUCCCUCCCCACCCGGGCAGGCCGAAUUCCUCACGCAGGGCAGCCGGGACUCCCAGAUGUGGGUGCUCCAGACCGUGCGGCACAUGCCGGCCGACGUCGACCCCGACGCCUGGGCCCGGGCGACCGCCGAGCUGACCCGGGUCAACGAGAUACUGCGCACCACAUGGCUGCACGUGGCCGAGGGCGAGGGCGAGGGCGACCCGUGGGUCGGGGUGGUGCUCCGCAGCGCACAGCCAGACGUCACCAGGCUCGACUGCACAACGGACGAGGACGUCGGGCGCUUCGCCCGCGGCUUCUGGGAGUCACGCUUCGUGUUCGGUCUCCCUUUUAUUAGGUAUGCACAGCUGGUUCGCCCCGACGGCUCGUGGCACCUCGUCAUCAAGAUGGACCACGCCGUCUAUGACGGCACCCUGCUGCGCAUCCUCGACGACCACUUCGCCGCCAUAUUGCAGGGGCGGCCGGUGCCGCGCCACGGCCAGUUCCGCACCUUUGCCGACUACGUCUUCCAGCAGGACAAGACGGGCGCCCUGGCAUACUGGCGCCAGAAGAUGGCGGGUAAGCCACCGGCACGCGUGGCCGCGGGCGAGGGCGAGGGGGAGGGCGGCCCCGUCAUCUCGGCCUCGCUGCGCCACGAGCUCGCCACCCCGCGCCUGGAGCGGGCGGCCAGGCGGCUGGGCGUCACGCCGAGCAUCCUGUUCCAGGCGGCCUUUACGCUGUGGCUGGGCACGGCGGCGGGCGGCCGUGGCGACGUCAACUUCGACUACCUCCUCAGCGGGCGCAACGUCGGCCUGCCGGACCCGCAGACCAUCAACGGCACGCUGGCGCACUUCCUCCCGGUGCGCACGGCCGUGGACGCCGCUGAGACACUCCAGCACUUCCUGGGCCGCAUGCAGGACGACUUCUGGGCCAUGACGGAGCACGGCUGCGUCGGGCUGGACGCCAUCUACGGCGGCGCCGGCCUGGCGCGGGAGACACACGGCAACCGGGCCCUCUUCCUCUUCCAGCCCUUUAAGCCCGCCGCCCAGCCCCACGACCCCGAGGGCCGCCUGCGCUGGCUGGUCAUGGCCAAGUCGGCGGUCCGCAUGGCCCAGCCCUACAAGCUGGUCGUCGAGGUCUCCAGGGCCCCCGGCGACAGGCAUGUGCUCAAGGUCAUGUACGACGAGGCUUGUUACGGCCAGGGUGCGGCCGAGAAAAUAGCACUGGACAUUGCUGCUGUUGUAGAUGCCAUGACGGACGACGGGGCCGAGAGCUUGGCCAUAGGAGCCUUUUAG